UAGCUCGCUAGCCGACAAAGUCGGAACAUUCACGUUCUUUAGACAAUUUCGUGGUUUAUUUGCCAUUUUGCUUUAAACAUACUUAUGUGGAAACAACUAGCUACCCCAUUAAAUGUAAUAUUUACGUUGUAAGUCAACUAGCUGGCUGGUUAAGUUAGCAUUAGCCUAGCUAGCUAACAUCCCCGACCAUGAGUUCACUAAGCUACUCUCCUCCUGAUAAAGAAGAUGAGGUCUGCUGGUCGGAGAAAGUAACUCUCUUGAAAGAGGAGGAGGAAGAGAAAGAUGUUUCAAUACAAAAACAAGUAGAGGGUGAGGCUGUUACAGUGAAAGAAGAAGAGAAAGACAUUACAGAGAAAGAAGAGAAAAACGCGUUCAGAGUGAAAGAGGAGGAGGAUAUUACUGUGAAAGAAGAGGAGGAAGAGAAAGAGGAGGAUGCAGUUUUUGGAGUGGAGGAUGAAGUGAAAGAAGAUGAAGACGUUUUUGGAAUGAAGGAUGAAGAGGGGGAGAUUACUGUCACAUUAGAGGAGGACGAAGAAGAGAAGACUGGAGAACUGAUUAACACCAGUAAAUACAGAGAGAGACGGUACUAUCGUGGGUCCUCUGGGGAGCCUCAACAACCUCAUGAUGCUGACAGGGCAGAGAAGAAUCUCUCCACAUCAGAACACCUCAAGAAACGCCAGCGGAAAACCACAGGGAAAAGAUCACACCGCUGCUUUGACUGUGGGAAGAGAUGCACCUCAUCAGGCAUUAUAUCACACUGGAGAAUUCACACAAGUGAUAAUUCUCACUACUGCUCUGAUUGUGGGAAUUUUUUAAAAUCUUCAUCAGAACUCAAAAUACACCUGAGAAAUCACACAAAAGAGAAACCUUACUUCUGCUCUGACUGUGGGAAGAGUUUUCCUCUGUCAACCAGCCUGAUAUCACACCAGAGAACACACACAGGAGAGAAACCUUAUAGCUGUGAUCAAUGUGGGAAGAGUUUUUAUAAAUCUAGUUAUGUUAUUAUACACCAGAGAACACACACAAGAGAGAGAACUUACAGUUGUGAUCAAUGUGGGAGGAGUUUUCCUAUUUUAAUCUACCCCCUACCGAAGAGGCUGACUGGUGACCUCACCUGCAGGAGCAGCCCGUCGGGAUCCGAAAAGAACACAGGCAACAGCUGCCUAGACAACUGA